AUGAUUGUGUGUACUCCUACCGUCUGCUUGCUGUGCGGUUCAGUGGGCUCUGUGUUUCGGGAGAAAGUCCUCUGUUCCCCUCUUGCAAAGGGACGUGUGUGUGAUGUGGUGCGCCGCUAUUGGUGGCUUUGCACCUCGUUCUGUGUGCCGCGCUGGGUGGGUCUGGCACGCGCUGUGAUGCCUGUUCGCUGGGUUGCUGUGUGCGUGUGUGACAGACGGGUUGCUGGUGUGGCUGGCAUUAGUGCUUGGACUACGGUGGCGCUGUGUGGUGCUGGAGGAGUAUGGACUGCUGUGUCGUACGUGUGA